CUUAAACUAUAGUGUGAGUGUGACAGAAGAGUAAGUAGGUUACAUAAAAUAGAUUUUUCAAAAGAAAAGAAAAAUUUUUUGUAAAAUGAUUAAAAAUUGCAAUUUUUUUUAAAGAAUGUUAUUGUAUAUGCUUCUAAAGCAAAAAAAUGCUUUUCAACUUUUGUGAUCCUCGUUUAAGACCAGAAAUUCAUAGUGAUACUAUUAAUACAGAAGGAUAUGAAGUUACUAAUUUAAUAACUAAUUCUGAUAAAGGAUUUUUAGCAUAUGCUUGUAUCAAGCCUCCUAUAAAUAUUGACAUAACUUUUUUAUGUAAUGUAUGUAUCAAUCAUAUUUUAAUUUGGCCACAAGUUGGUUCUCAAAAAUCAUCAGGCUUUCAAUUAUAUGCCAAAACUAGUAAUGAUACUAGUGUGCCUUAUACUUUAUUAGCUACUGGAUUUUUGGACUCCACAAAUACUGGAUUAUUAUUCUGUCCAUCAAGUAUUAAGCAUGAAACAAUUUCUACUCCGCCAAAUUUUUUAAAACUUUAUAUAAAACCCUCUUUGCGCUACUUAACAACAUAUAUAAAUAGUUUAAGAAUAUGUAUAUGUAAAACAAAGAAUUCAGUACCUGCAUUAGGUAAGAUUGAAGUAUGGGGAACAGUAUCACCACGUUGUGGAAAAGACAUAAUAGCCAAUAUUUCUACUCUGUGGUUCGAACAACAAUCUUGUUUAGCUGAAUCUAUACAAACAUCUGAGAAUAAAGAUUCAUUUGUUAUUACAGAUAACAAAGAAAGAUUGGAAUCAAAUUUACAAACUCCAGAAUGUUUCUUAGAUGCUAUUACUUAUGAAAUAAUGACACAACCAAUUCUAUUGCCAAGUGGAAAAAUAAUUGAUCAGAGUACAUUAUUGAAACAUGAAGAAAAUGAAGCAAUAUGGGGAAGAAGAUUAACAGAUCCUUUUACUGGUUUGCCAUUUAGCGAAAAUCGUAAACCUGUUAUAGCAAGUGCUUUAAAAAUACGGAUAGAUAAAUUUUUACUUGAAAAUAGUAAUGUAGAAGAAAUUAAAAAAUUGCCUAGAGUAUUAGGUCGCGCAAUAUCUUCAGAUAUAACAGAUAAAAAAGUAGCAGAAGUUCCUCAGUAUUUAUUAAAAAGAAAUAUAAUUAAAAGUUCAAAUAAUAUAAAACCAAAAUUGCAUUGUUCUGUUACACAAACAAAAAAUAAUAAACUCUGUCAUAAAUUGCCAGUUGUAAUAUCUCAGAAACGAACUCUUUCUACUUCAAUUAAUAAAUUAGUAAAGAAAAAAAUUACUGCCAAUUCUUAUGUACCUGUGUCUAUAGACACAGAAAAUGAAACAAAAAAUGAUUGUACUGAUACAAAUGACUUAACUUUUAAUAAUGAAAUACAUUUUGAUAUUAAUAUAUCAGUACCUAAUUUAAAACGUUUUAAUAACAUUCCAAAGAAUGAUUCAAAGUUAACUAAUUGUUCCUGUUGUCCUAAUGGCAUUUUUUAUCAACUUCCAUGCAAGCAUGUUUUAUGUAGAAAAAUCCUAACAUCUAUUGGAAAUAAUAAGUGUACAUCUUGUGGCAUACCUUAUAAAAAUAAUGAGAUACAACGGAUUUAUGAUUAAAUUAUUUUCCAUUAUUAUAUAUUAUUUAUAUUGUUGAAUUAUUAAUUAUGGAUAUUUUAUAUUCAAUAUUGUAAAUAAAAUCUAAUAAUUAU